AUGCCACCAUUACCAGUUCAAUUGUCUUCUCUUCCCAAAGCUUUUAUCAAUGCAAUAUUAGAAAAUGAUGACGAAAGUAGCGAUGCGUCUCCGGAUUCAGUUAGAAACACUCAAAAUGACCUGUUAAAUAACUCUUUUGUCGAGAAAGAAGUUUUAUUUGCGUGUAUACAACGAAUUGACGAUAAAAUUCGUAGCGUGAAGACCGAAGUUUUGCAAAUCAUUCAAGAUCGUCAGGAUGAAUUCGACAAAAAAAAAGAAAAGUCCGUUGCAUUACGUAACAAAAUCGACACUCUGUUCUUGGAGGUCGAUAAUGUAUCAAGAGAAGUAAAUGAUCCCGAGAUAGGAAUAAAACCUAAGCUUCUUACUACAUUGGAAGAGAAUCGAAAGGUUAAACAAGAAACUCAAAAUACUAAAUGUAUGAUAGAAACAUUGGAAUAUUUAUGUGAGCUUCAAAAAUCAUCACAACGAUUUAAAGAGUAUAUGAAACAAAGUCGAAUUGAGGAAGCUGCCGGAGUCAUUACACAAAUGGUAUAA